AUGGAAGCAGCAGCAAAUUCACAAAUCUUUGGAACCUGGAUAGAAGAACACAUGUACACUGGUUUCUUGAUGGGUUUCGUCCCUUCACUCAGUUUUCUUGAGCCAUCUGGUAAGACGUUGCCUACUUUCAUGGUAGCAAUCAAGCACAGUAAAAUCAACCUGGCAGCCCAGCUGAAAUUCAAACGCGAGCACGAAAGAUCCCGAGUAAUGUCAUUGCAGAGACUGAAGCCGCAAUCUUCGUCUUCGCCUACUCCGCCUAGAGCCACACAGCGACCGCUCCCAUUCGCAGACUCACCUGAUUCACCUCUGUAUCCACGAUUAUCGCGAGCUCCCACAACUCCCCUGAUAUACGAAGACGAUGAACCUUCGGAUCUCAAGGAGGAUGAAGACGAGGCUAAGGAGAAGACUCAUAGCCCGAGGUGUAGAGUCAAACUCAAACGGCUUUCUGCCUCCCGAUUCCCACUGCUUUUCCGAGUGUCAUCUUCUCCACCUAUCACUGCACCAGUUGACCGUUCCACUAUUUCUGCUUCAAAUCCUACCAGGCCGAAACCUCUUCGUCGUCAGAGUGGUCUCUUAGUGCGACAGGGGAGUCCAGUAGCAGGAUCGCAUGAGGCUGCGGAAGAUGAUGAGUUGGCCGCCGUGUUGGACGAAGCGGAGGAAGAGGAGGAAAAUGCGAAAGCCCGACUCCGAACCAGGUGGAGACUCAUUACGGAAACGCCAAUUAGCCUCUGCAGUAACGUCCAGGCACUUAGAGGAGUGUGUUCCUGGUCAUCAGAUGCAGACGGUGAUUACGAUGACCCUGACGGGGGAGCUCAGUCGUUCUUGGAAGGUCCCGGAUGCCAACCUUCCCGAGCAGGGAGCCAUGCGACAGAUCCAGUUCAGUUAAUCUUAUCCGCUUCCAGGACCGCAUCUUCGUCCGAUGUGGCGUCUCAACUCCUUGCAUCAGCGACAUCUAGUACAUCCAUACCGUCAAGGCGAGCCAAGUCUCGCUCAUACCUCUACACUGCCGAAGACGUCCUGAGUCUUGAAUCGGAUGACGCUGAUACGGAAUAUAUUGCAGCACGAGGUGGCCCAUCUUGGGAAGAAAGCUGGGAGGCGGGUAUCUGUUGAAGAUGACGCGGCGAAGAGACAUAGCUUAGCCGUCUAAGGAAUUGUUCGGCUUGACGCCCACUUUCCUAUUAUCGGCUAGUGUUU